GUUUCCGGUGUUGAUGAAUGCCCUGCUCGGUUAAAAAAAACGCGCUGGGGUAGGAGUCACCUCGUCGGGAGUAUUGUCUGCUCAGUAAAUACCCUUCACAGUGUAGCGUAAAACGGCGCUCAUUUGAUUGCGUUCUCGUUUUUCUUUUUGCCUCGACCAUUCGCAGGCGCUCGGGGUCUAAUCACCAGCAGGCGUUAAAGAAUCCUGGAAACAGCUAACUGUUAGCUUGAGUUAGCAGCGAUGUCGGGUGUUGUGCGAGGCCCCGCUGGGAACAACGACUGCCGAAUUUACGUGGGAAACCUCCCGCCAGAUAUACGCACAAAAGAUGUGGAAGACGUGUUCUACAAGUAUGGGACGAUUCGAGAUAUCGACUUGAAGAACCGGAGAGGGGGACCCCCGUUCGCCUUUAUUGAAUUCGAAGACCCCAGGGACGCUGAUGAUGCCGUCUAUGGACGUGAUGGAUACGACUACGACGGCUACAGACUGCGAGUGGAGUUUCCUCGGAGCGGCAGGGGAUCCAGAGGAGGGUUUGGGAUCGGAGGAGCGCCCAGAGGCAGAUAUGGACCCCCCUCCAGACGAUCUGAGUACAGAGUCGUUGUGUCAGGGCUCCCUCAGAGCGGCAGCUGGCAGGACCUGAAGGACCACAUGCGUGAGGCAGGCGACGUGUGCUACGCAGACGUUUACAGAGACGGGACUGGAGUUGUAGAAUUUGUGCGCAAAGAAGACAUGACCUAUGCCGUUCGCAAGCUGGACAACACCAAAUUCCGCUCCCAUGAGGGAGAGACUGCUUACAUUCGUGUGAAAUUAGACGGUCCCCGCAGCCCAAGUUAUGGAAGAUCACGCUCUCGCAGCCGUGGCAGCCGGAGCAGGAGCCGCAGUCGGAGCGCCAGCCGCAGUCGCAGCAAUUCCCGUGGUCGUGGCAGAGGAUCUCCCCGCUACUCACCCCGUCACAGCCGCUCUCGCUCCCGUUCCUAAGCUUUUCUGCCGUCGAUGUUUUGCUCCUUUUGAUGUAUACCCUCCUGUUUUUACCUCCUAUGAGUUUCUCCAGAUGUCAGCUAUUGAUUUUAAUUUCUCCUCCCCCCCCUCCUUUUUCUUGUCCUGGUGUCCUUGUGGAUGAUCUUGGUAUGUAGUUGUACCACCCCCACCCGUGCUUCAACCCUUCCCUCUGUCUCCUGCAGCUUUGUCCCUUCUUCUCCCUCCCACUCCCCUCUCUCUCCACCUCUCGCUCCCUUUUUUCUGUCCUAAAGUUUUGCAAAAGUAGAAGUUGUGCUGUGUCGAACUUCAAAAAUGUUGAGUUGUUUAUAACCUUCACUCAAUGUUUUUGCAAGUACUGAAAAUUUAAAGUUUUGUUUUUGGUUUUGUUUUGUUUUUUUCUUAUAUAUUAAAAAAAAAAGCUUCUCGUUGGAUAUGUGGGGUGGGCUGUUUGAAAGGGGAGCCCGAUGCUUAACUGUAUUUUACCCUUGUGUCUUCCUUUAGACAUCUGAAGAGAAGGAUUAAAGUGAUUUGGAAUAAAA